GAAAUACCAACACAUCACCAGCUCAGAGCAGAAGUGCACUGAGGAGCCUCAGAGCGGAGCAGCACUCAUCCACAUCUGCAUCAGGACUCUGAACAUCUGUUCACGAUGAGCAGAAAGCCAGCGGAUGAAGCAGACGCAGUCAUUGAGGACCAUGGUUACGUGAAUGCAGCAGGACGUCCUGAGGACAACGCCCCCCCAGACCAGAAGCUCCUGUUCUCCUCUCCGUCUCUGCCCCCGGUAGCCGUGUGUUGGCUCAUCCUGCUGCUCAUCAUGGGCCUUCGUAUCUACUUUGCUACAAUAAAUGCUGAAAUAACGAACCAGUUAAAAGAAAACCAAACGACUCUGCUGGCGACCAUUGAAAACCUGACAAAACUCAGUGAUCAGCUGAAGUUAGAGAAGGACGACUUGACAAAGGAACAAAAGAGUCUGAAGCUGCAGCUGGAAAACAUGAUGCAAAACUAUGAUGUCUCAGAAGGUAAGAACACGGAGCAGAAGAAAGAGAACCAGCAGCAGAUGGAGAACUUCGCUAAACAAAUCAAAGACCUGGAGGACAACUGGAAGAAGUUCAAUGUCAGCAGAGCUCAGUGGGCCAUCGACUCGUACUGCCCCAAAGAUCAAGCUCCAAGUAAAGGGAGAAGGUGUUCACCUUGUCAGGCAGGCUGGGAGAAGAACCAGAUGAGCUGCUAUGUGUUUCAUAACAGUGAAGCUCCCCCACAUCUUAAAACCUGGGAAGAAGCUCGAGAGAACUGCAGAGGAAGAGGUGCAGAUCUGGUUGUUGUUCAUAAUGAGGAUGAAAAGCAAAAUCUCAAUGAUUACAUCACUGAAUUACUUGUACCUAACGGGUACUGGAUCGGCCUGAAGGUUGAAGGAGGGAAGUGGAAGUGGAUCGAUGGAACUGAUCUCACUGACACCUCCUGGAUAGGAUCUCCUGAUGAAGGUCACUGUGCCGUUUCUCUCAUGAACAGAACAUGGGCAUCAGUGAGGUGUGAUCAGAAGAGAACAAGGAUCUGCUCACAGAAAGCUUUGUCUCUUUAAACGUGUCAUAUUUCGUCCUCCAGAAGGUUCCUGGAGGCUCCUACAUGUAACAUCAAGUGGCUCAUCAAUAUAAAACAUGUAGAAUUCUACUUUACAAUUAUGAUUUCAUUCAAGGUUUUAAUUCCUACAGAAAAUAGCUUUUAUUGUCUAAAGUGUUCUUCAAAGCAGAAUCUCACCUUUCAGGUGUAUUAUUGGAUGGAAUAGAUCCUCUGAGUGUGAAUACAGACAUCACCACUAAACUGUGGAUCAUUCAUAAGUUGCUGUGUGUUUUCCUUGUGAUGUGUUAGAGAUGAAACGCUUAUGAUUCACACAUCAGCAGAUUGAUGAUCAGUUUCCUGUCUUCUGCCUGAUGGAUUUCAUGUUGUUGCUACCAUUGAGCAGCAGGGGGCGCUGCCUCGCUGCUUCUCUGCAGGAUGCUGCUCAGUUUGCAUUAAUACUCAUCAUCAUGUUGAACUUGCACAGCUGAUGUGUCUCAGUUCAUCUCAUGUUUGAGUCUGUUGUUGCUUGUGAAUAAAUCUGCAGCCACACGUUGUUGUUCCUUGAAUCCUU